AUGUUUGUAUCCAACUCGGACAAUCUGGGUGCUACACUCGAUCUAGACUUGCUAACGUAUUUUGCGCAGUCUGGCAAGCCUUUCCUCAUGGAGUGCUGUGAGCGCACAGAGAGCGACAAGAAGGGUGGACACCUGGCACAGCGCAUAGUUGAUGGCCGCCUAAUCCUUCGCGAGUCUGCUCAGUGCGCUGAAGAAGACGAGAAGGAGUUUCAGAAUAUUACCAAGCAUCGAUACUUUAAUACAAACAAUCUAUGGAUCCGUCUGGACAAGCUACAGGAAGAGCUAAAGCAGCAUGGUGGUGUCAUUCGUCUGCCGAUGAUCAAGAACAUGAAGACCGUGGAUCCGAAGGACUCGAGCUCGACUCCAGUGUUCCAGCUUGAGACUGCCAUGGGUGCUGCAAUCGAGUGCUUUGAUGGUGCUGGUGCUGUUUGCGUACCGCGCACACGUUUCGCCCCUGUGAAGAAAUGUGAUGAUCUAAUCUUGUUGCGCUCGGACGCAUACGUGAUUACUGAGGAUUACCGCCCCGUUAUCGCUCCUCAGCGCGAAGGCGUGGCUCCAAUCGUAUCGCUUGACUCGAAGAACUUUAAGCUGGUGCAGCAGCUGGAGGCUGCGGUGCGUGGUAAUGUGCCGUCGCUAAUCAAGUGCGACCGCCUAAAGGUAUCCGGUGACGUUGGUUUUGCGCCGGGUGUUGUGUUUGAGGGCUCCGUGGAGGUCGUAAACAGAAGUUCGGAGCAAAAGACUGUCCUUGCUGGUACUUACAAGGACACCAUACUGGACCUAACUGAGCAGAAGGGCCUGGGUAAGCUGAAAGUGACAACCGUGAAGACAUCUCCAUUUCAAGAUCAGAAGCCCGGCACCUCCGGUUUGCGUAAAAAGACCAAGACAUUCAUGAACGACAAUUACCUGCAGAACUUUGUUGCUUCUGUUUUUGAUGCGCUUCCUACGAAGGACCUGAACGGUGGAACGCUGGUUGUGUCAGGUGAUGGUCGCUACUUUAACAAGGAGGCCAUUCAAAUCGUCGUCAAGAUGGCUGUGGCGUACGGGGUUGACCGUCUUUGGAUUGGUAAGGAUGGUUUGCUGAGCACACCGUGUGUGUCGGCUGUUGUGCGCGAGCGUGAGGGCGGCAGUGUAGCAUUUGGUGCGUUCAUUUUGUCAGCUAGCCACAACCCUGGUGGUCCAAACGAGGAUUUUGGUAUCAAGUACAACUGCGAGAACGGCGGCCCUGCGUCAGAGAAGGUGACAGACGAAAUUUUUGCUUUAUCAAAGGUGAUAACGUCUUACAAGAUUGCUGCAGACUUCCCCAUGAUUGACAUAGCCAAGAUUGGCACAACAACAGUCGCUGCUGACGAUGGCAGUCGUACAAUUACGGUUGAGGUGUUUGACUCGGCUGAACACCAUGUCGCUUUGCUGAAGCAGAUCUUUGACUUCCAUGCCAUUAAAAAGUUGGUGUCGCGCUCCGACUUCACAUUCGUCGUGGACUCGAUGUUUGGUGUGAACGGUCCUUAUGCACGCCGCGUGUUUGUGGAAGAGCUGGGCUGCGACGAGUCAUGCUUGCUGAACGCCACUCCUAUGGAAGACUUUAACGGCGGACACGCAGAUCCAAAUUUAACGUACGCUAAGGCUUUGGUCAAGAUCAUGGGUGUCGACGGCAACGGUCUGCCUGUACUGGGUCAGGAACAGGAGCCGCCUUCGUUCGGUGCCGCUUGGGAUGGUGAUGCUGACCGUAACAUGAUUCUGGGUUCGCGUUUCUUUGUAACGCCUUCGGAUUCACUCGCAAUUAUCGCUGCCAACUGCUCGGUAAUUCCUUUCUUCAAGAACGGUCUGCGUGGAGUUGCUCGUUCAAUGCCUACGAGCGGUGCUGUGGACCUCGUGGCGAAGAAGUUGAACGUGCCUUUUUUCGAGGUGCCGACAGGCUGGAAAUUCUUUGGUAAUUUAAUGGACUCAAAUGUCGUUUUUGGCAAGGAGGACUACACUCCGUUCAUUUGUGGUGAGGAGAGCUUUGGUACAGGCUCGAACCACAUUCGUGAGAAGGACGGUAUGUGGGCUGUGUUGAGCUGGCUGUCGAUCCUGGCGUCGAAGCAGGUCGACGGCGCUCCUCUCGUGACUGUCGAGGACGUUGUGCGCGAUCACUGGAAGAAAUUUGGCCGCAACUACUACUGCCGUUACGACUACGAAAAUGUGGACAAGACCGCUGCUGAAAAUAUGUUCGCCGACAUGACUAAGUUUGACGGCGUUGUAGGCAAGGAGAUUGACGGAUUCAAGAUCGAAAAGGCUGACGAGUUUGAGUACGUGGACCCUGUGGACGGCAGCGUGUCGUCACAUCAGGGUGUCCGCUUCUUGUUUGAGGGCGGGUCGCGCGUCGUCUUUCGUCUAUCUGGAACGGGCGUUGCCGGCGCGACAAUCCGUAUGUACAUUGAGAAGUACGAAGAGGCGACGGGCAAAUUGGACGAAAACGCCGCUGUGGCGCUGGAUAAGUUGAUCAAGGUGGGUCUGAAGCUGUCGGACCUGGUGAAGAAAACAGGUCGCAACGCACCCACGGUCAUCACUUAA